UCCCCUGAAAACCAUCAACAGCAUGACCCAGUUCGACAAGUCCAUCAAAGACGCCGGCGAGCGCCUGGUGGUCAUCUUCUUCUCGGGCACCUGGUGUGAGACGUGUCAGCUCCUGAAGCCCGUCCUGCGGGAGAUCGCCCAGAUCAACACCGUGGUGCAGUUCUACGAAGUGAACGUCGACGACUCGGAGGACACGGCCGAAGCCUGCGACAUCAUCCACAUCCCGACCUUCCAGUUCUACAAAAUGGGCAAGAAGGUGGCCGAGGUCCUGGACGACAGCCGAGAGUCGGUGGAGGAGAAGAUCAAGGAACUGAAAUAAGACCUGUCCCUUUCAAUAAUAAAAAAAAAACCCAGAAGGAAUGCAAACCUUUUCGAACCAAACUGCCUCCAGUUCUAAUGUCGAAACGUUUUACUAGCUGGUUCCCCAUCUCAUUUCCAGAAGCAACCCACACUUAUUUUGACUGAUGCCCCGCAGAGCAUGAACUUUGAACAAAUUGUAGGUGAUAGAUUUACAUUUUGCAAGCCUUUGGAGCUGGGUUCACCCCCAGGGGCGGAAUAACCUCAUGGAAGCUGCAUGGUUUUUUUGUAUUUGCCCUCUCUCUCUCUCUCUGCUGUACCCUUGAACAUGUAUCAGAAAGCAAGUAUGGAGACAAAGCUGUCCCAACCUUCAAAGCUACGAUCUAAACCCUCAUUUAAAAGUGUUGGUGCUAUGGGUUUAAUGGAAGGGACUCCACUCCUCUUGGGUAGUGCUCAAUAACAGUUUCCUGCUAUUGAGAAUGUGGGGAAUUGGCACCAACUUAUUGGAAAAUCCAAUAAAAUUUUGCUUCUCCCUAAAACAUUUUUUUUUCAUUCUACUGUGAGAGAAGGCCCGAGUCUCUUCCAAAAGCAUUUGAUUUUGAUCUAAAAAAAUGUGAGGUUGGCUUGUGGUACAUCAGCAAUAAGAGCAGGAGGAGGCUGCACAGCUCCUUGAACCUGCUCCGCCAUUCAACAAGAUCAUGCCUGUUCUGACCUUAGCCUCAUCUCUAUUUUCCUGCUUGUUCCCCAUAACCCUAUAGUUCAAGAAUCAGUCAAUCUCAUCCUUGAAUUCACCCAACAACUGAGCAUCCCCAGCCCUUGGAGAUAGUGAAUGCUAAAGAUUCACAACCCUCUGAGUGAAGGCAUUUGUCUUCAUCUCAGUCCUAAAUAGCCCUUAUUCCUGAAACUGCACCCCCUAAUUCUAGGUUCUCGAAUCUUUCAGCGUCCAUUUUGAAACUCAAAAUCUUGAGAAUGGCUUUUGAUUUUCCACUCAUCCCUAUGGAUACACUACCUAUUUGGGAUGGGCAUGACCAACAUCAGGUAGUCUCAGCCCACUAUUGCCAUGUGUAGUGUAUUAGAUCACAACAACAGGCAGCUAAUCUUAAGAAUCAAUCAUGCACAGCAUUUGUGCAUUAUAUGGGCCAUUAAUAUACCACAGUCUGGCUAAUAAAAGCACUGUUAC